AUGUCGAGCCAACCAGAACAAUUCUGGACCGAGGAGGAGAAGAACUUUCUCCUCACUGAGAUUUUGAAAAAGGCCGGAAUAUCUUCAUCUUUCCUGUUUAGCAUUAUAAAAGAGAAUAAUAUAGCACCCAAUUGGAUGGAAAUACCUCUUCCUCAAGGGAGGUCGCUUGCUUCUUGCCAAACUGCAUAUGUCCGCAUGGAACAUGAGUAUACCCAUGCAUAUAGACCAGGUCUUUUAGGGCCACCUGCCCCCGUCCAAACAUCUCCUGGGUCCCGAAAGCGACCGCUCCAUCCGACUCCGCCAGACAAAUCGACAAAUGCGCCCCGCCUGAUCCAGCCGAAGCCAACUCCACCCGGUGAAGCCCUGCAGCCGGCUCAAGCGCGGCCACCUCGUCGGAUACCGCGCCUUCCGGACCCAACACGAGGGGAACCGCAACGGAAAAGAGGCAGACCAACAAAAGCGGAGGUACAAAAGCGAAUGUCAUUGGCACACGCUAGAGGUGAACAAUAUCCUCCUCCCAAAAAAGCGGCCACGAAAAAAGGUUUUGGAGCUUCAUCACCUACUAUCAUGAGCGGGGUUCAGUCGGUUCCACAACCCUCUGGGUUUGUUCAGCAGCCCAUGCCCACUCAGACACAUAAACACAGUGAAGGGACUCCUUUUCAGAGCACACGUGAUGCAUCGCAAGUAGAGGACAUGCAAGCACGCCGUAUAGCCGGGCCACAUGGUGCUAUGGCUGGUUCACUGUUUGGGGAUCCGACCUCAGGGAUACCAACAAAAGAAGCGAUGCCAAGGACAUUGGAGGGCCAGGUGACGCCUUCUCCCACUUCUUUCAAUCAAUCUUACAGAGGUAUCAUCCAAUCUGGCCCGGGGCUUCCAAGCCCCAGACACGACGGUGCUCUCGUUUCGAAUGUACCGGAAACGGAAGGCGCCGUUGACUCUGCACACUCCAUGAUGGACGAACAGAGAGGGACUUGA